AUGGCCUGGGCUUCUCUUGUGAUCACUCUUCUGGCUCACUGCACAGGGGGCAUUUCCCAGGCUAUUGUAAUUCAGGCAUCUUCACUCACCACAUCUCCUGGAGGGACAGUCACACUCACCUGUGGCUCAAGCACUGGGGCAGUUACCACCAAUAACUAUGCCAACUGGGUCCAAGAAAAACCUAACCAAGUACACACUGAUAUGAUAGCUGCUACCAGCAGGAGAGCCACAGGAGUUCCUGCCCGAUUCUCAGGCUCAUUGCUUGGAGACAAGGCUGCCCUCACCAUCACAGGGGCUCAGCCUGAGGAUGAGGGUAUCUAUUACUGUGCUCUGUGGAAUGUGACCAUUUCUCAGGCUGCUGUAAUUCAGGAAUCUUCACUCACUACAUCUCCUGGAGGGACAGUGACAUUUACCUGUGCCUCAAGAACUGGGGCUGUUACUACCAGUAACUAUGCCAAUUGGGUCCAAGAAAAAUCUCACCAAGUACACACUGGUCUGAUAGGUGGUACCACCUACAGAGCCCCAGAUGUUCCUGCCAGAUUCUCAGGCUCCCUGAUUGGAGACAAGGCUGCCCUCACCAUCACAGGGGCCCAGCCUGAGGAUGAGGCUAUAUAUUACUGUGCUCUGUGGUACAGUGACCAGUUCCACAGUGAUACACACAGAUGGGGAAGUGAAACACAAAGCCCCUGCUGCAGGCUUAUAACUGCUGUCUUUUUACCAUAUGGCUACAUCUCCCUAGGCUCAGAGUACAUGUUCUCCAUUAUUGUAGAGAAAGUCAUAAGGCUGUUGUGUGAAGCUACAAAUUGCUUAUUUCAAUACAUUUUAUGA